AGGUAAGCUUACUUCAACUUAGCAGGCCAUCAGAGGAGUUAUUUCUGGCACCUUUGGCUAAGACUUCCUGGUGGCAUGUGCAGACUAAUCUCAGGGGUGCAGAUUCUGGGAAGCUUGUGAUUCAGUGGAAACGAAAAAUGCUCUGCGUAUUCAGGCCCCUACCUGCUUACUUAUGGGGCGAAGUGUCCAGGACCCGGGCCCAUGGGCCGCUGAUCUUUGUUCUUUCUCCCUUCUUUCCUUUUGCUUCUGAUACCUUUGUUGGUUCUGAAGAUGUCAGACCCUGUCGUUGAAGGUUGGACGCUGUAUGCGGUCGGCGUCGCUUCGACGAUCCUCAGAUUUUAUGCUCGUAUGAGAGUGGAUGGUUUGAGGAGUCUUCAAGCUGAAGACUAUCUCAUGGCCAUAUCGAUUGUCUUUUACACCAUCCAGACAACUCUUGCAUACAACAUCGGGAUCCUUGCCCAUGGUCUCGCAAACAAUGGAAUAACAGAUGCUCAACGAGCUGCGUUGUCACCAAGCGACGCAGAAUAUGAUUUCAGAAUAAUUGGCUCCAAAAUCCAGGUUGCCGGCUGGACCAUAUAUUCCGCUCUGAUCUGGUCACUAAAGCUAUCCAUGCUAUACUUCUACACUCGCUUGACGACUGGACUUGGUCGUCCAUAUCGCAUCCGGAUAUACGUUGGGUUUGGUCUAGUCAUCGGCACUUUCAUCGCCACCAUGAUAGCUAUUUUUGCUGGUUGUCAGCCUUUUCACAAGUACUGGCAGAUUAACCCGGAUCCUGGCAACUCCUGUCAAGCUGCUAUCUCGAAACCCAUCGUCUGGGUCUCAUUUGCAGCCAACAUCUCAACUGAUAUCUAUCUUAUCGCAAUUCCUCUUCCUAUGCUUUGGGGAUCGAGCUUGAAAAUGAUUAAGAAGAUCGCUUCUACGAUCGUGCUUGGGGCCGGUAUCUUUGUACUUGUCUGCGCAACCUUAAAGAGUGUUUUCGUCCUCGUGGAUCCCGUUAAUGGAGCCGAGCUUGCUGGAGCCUGGGGCACUCGCGAAGCCUUUGUCGCCGUGAUGACAACCAAUCUACCGAUCCUCUUUCCGCUCUUCAGAGUCUGGCUCACGCCAAUCUUCGGAAGUGUGUUACGCUCCUCUCACAAGACAUCCUAUCAAUAUCCUUCCGGGUUUCAGACUAUAGGCGGAGGAGGGCGAAGCGGCAAAAGUAACGACCCGAGCCGACGAGGACCUCCGACCGCAAAUCCCAUAUCUGCGAAUAUGUCAUUCAAUAAUAGCGAGGAACGGAUCGUCAAGGCAGAAGCCCACCGCAUGGAUGACCUGACCGAUUAUAGCGCAUCGAAAGGAAUUAUUGUUUCGAAUGUGGUUGAAGUUAUUCAUGAAGACAAGAAAGGUGGUAGCAGUAGGAGUAGAGAAGGUUCUGAAGGGUCAUGGUAAGAACGAGUUUAAUACAUGUGAUUCGAAAUGAAAUAACAUACAGGGCACUGAAAGACUUUAUAUUGUUAAUGGAUAAUGAGACAUGGCGUUGAUCUAAGAUGGUUCAGUUCGCAUUCAGUAGCUCUUGUUUUCGUCUAGAAAGGUGGUCUUAAAUUGUUUGCUUAUGGUAAGAUCACCACAAAAGAUAGCACAACUUUUGGGAUUUCGAAAUUGCCCAAGCUGUAACGAAACAUGGAGCCCUGGG